CAAAGUCAAGUGUUCAUUUGAUUUUGCCAAGACAAACAAGACGUAUUCCUGGCAUUAACGUAGUGAGUUGCUAAACACUGGAAACAACAGACUUUGUGACAUUAAUGUGUCACUUGAAUUGGAGGCAUUUGCUCCUACAACAGAGGAUCAGUUCACUCACAGAUAUAUUCAAUCCAGAGAUGGGGCGGGCUUUCUGUAUCAUCUGGUUUCUGUAUGUGUCAGUGUGUGAGUGCUGGCGGCUGCCUGACUCUGCGCCUCUAAUGCACGGGGAGAUCCAGUCUCCCCAGUAUCCCCAGCCUUACGCUCCCAACCUGCAGGAGCAGUGGGACCUCAGUGUACCCGAGGGCUACCAGAUCCGACUCACCUUCACGCACAUGGACAUUGAAGCUUCUGCAGGCUGCUACUAUGACGCCCUCACAGUUCUCUAUGAUGGAAAGGUCCUGGGAAAGUUUUGUGGCCGUGAGAAUUCUGCUGAUGGGCAUCACCCUGGCCACCAGCCCAUCUUGUCUCCAGGCAACAGACUCACCCUCAUCUUCCAGACAGAUAAAAACAACCCAGAGCUCUACCAGAAUGUGGGCUUCUCCGCUCAGUACCAGGCAAUAGACAUGGAUGAGUGUUCUGCACUCCCACCUGGAGAUGGCUCAGGUCCACUCUGCAAUCAGAUCUGCCUCAACACCCUUGGCUCAUACCUCUGCUCCUGUCACCACGGCUACGAACUUCGUUCAGACCAGCGCACGUGUAUGUUGUCCUGUGCUGGCGGUAUUUUUGAUGAGCCAGAGGGACAUCUGUUCAGUCCAGGAUACCCUAACUCCCCACCACAUGCUGUGUCAUGUCAGUACGUAAUUUCUGUAGAAUCUGGCUUCAUUGUGUCUCUCAACUUCACUGACAACUUCCACAUUGAGAGUUUGGACACUGAGCAAGGCCCAAACUGCCUACAUCACUGGUUGCAGAUAACCCUUCCAGACAGAGAGCCCAUAAGGCUUUGCGGUGCAAAGAGUCCAGGUUGGAUAACCACAAACUCCAACAUUGUCAAGCUGGACUACCACACUGAUGACGAAGGCUUGAGCAAUGGCUGGAGCCUGGACUACAGCACACACAGAGUGCAGUGUCCAUUUCCUGGUACUGUAGCUAAAGGCAGGGUCACACCUAUCUUGACCGAAUAUUUUUACAGAGACUACAUCUUUGUGCGCUGUGACCAAGGAUACAAGCUGAUGAUGGAUGGUCAGGAGGUUGACAGCUUCUCUGCCAUGUGCCAAAACAAUGGGCAAUGGCACCUCCCUCUGCCAGAAUGCCACAUAAUCGAUUGUGGAGAACCUGAACCUUUGCUGAAUGGAGGGGUGACCUUCCUGUCUGGCUUUCAGAAUCAGUACCGUUCUGUUGUCCAGUAUCACUGUAAUGAACCGUUUUACUCUCUCUUUGGGGGCUUUAAUGUUAACUUCACCUGUGAAGCAGACAGGAAGUGGAGAUCCAACCAUGAUCUUGUUGUCAGUCCAACAUGCAUACCAGUUUGUGGCCAGCCAACAAAACACCUCUCUGCCUAUCAGAGGAUAAUUGGAGGCAGUGUCGCUCCAGACAAUACCAUCCCCUGGCAGGUGUUACUGAGUAUAGAUGGGCAAAGAGGAGGAGGCAUGGUGAUUGCAGACCGCUGGAUUAUGACUGCAGCCCACGUUGUGGCAAGUAAUGGAAAUCCAGCAUCAAACGACUCUGUACGGAUUUACAUGGGACUUACUGAUGUUAAAACCUUGAUGGUUUCUCCUCUGUAUGCUGCCUCAGUCCACAUUCACCCUGGCUACAACAACCCCGACCACCUAGACUACAACAAUGACAUUGCCUUGAUCAAACUGCACGAUCGCAUCACGUUCAGCUCAUCCAUAAUGCCCAUAUGUUUACCAGCAGAGGAUGCCAUAUACAUCACUGGCAUGAUGGGACUGGUGUCAGGCUUUGGCAUUACAGAAAUCAACAACAGACGGAUUUUAACAAAUAAGCUGAAGUACGUGCACCUCCCUGUGGUGGAGCAGGAGACAUGCAGUGAUUCGAUUACUUCAUUUAAGGAGAGAAGGGACAACAUACCAAACCUGACAAAUAACAUGUUUUGUGCUGGAGUCCCUGAAGGUGGGAAGGACUCCUGCCAAGGGGACAGUGGAAGCCCCUAUGCCCUGAGUGACAAUGGACGGUUCUGGGCUGCAGGAAUUGUCAGCUGGGGGGUUGACUGUGGACAGCAGGGAACAUAUGGAGUCUAUACCAGAGUCAGUAGUUACCUGGACUGGAUCAACAAGACCAUGCAGGAGAACUAAAAUUUGCAGUAAUUCGUUACAACCUGAUGCCAAGAUGAUAACAUGUAAAAUGAAAUAAGACAAAAAAGAGCUAAUUUUGCUCUAAAUAUACUUUUGUAUGCAGUGUUAAUGCACAUUGUGUCACAAGAAAAGCUAUGAAUUAUGAAGAUAGUCUUCCAGUUGAUGAUAAAAUGAUUAAGUGCAAUUUCCUACUUAUCAUGAUUAGAACCAUUUCAUAACUUUCUAAAAUUAUUGAAUGAAUGUCAUACAGAUUGUUCACUAAAGUCAAUACAUUGUAUUUAAAUCUUCCAGAGUAAUUUUUCAAGUUUAAAUAAAGUGAUAUAAUAUAGACCUACAUGUGUCUUUUUAUGCAUGUAUGUCAGAUUAGUCAGAGAUCAUUCUUAUGGUAAAAGCGAUAACCAUAAAUAAGAUUAGAAUCCACUUCAACCCCUUCCUGCCUAUUUGGCAUUUGUCUCACUGUAACACUAUGACAGAUGCCUAAAUCGUAUAUUGUUGUCAAUUACUGUGUAUGUCUACUAUAGUAUAUAAUGUGAGUGUUAGUUACUUCAUUUCCCUUUGUGAACCUACAAAUACAUCAGGCUCUCCUUCCCCUUUUUUGUCUUCACUACACUUCUGCUCAUACUUUGGAACUUUUUCCUUCAAACCAACACAGUUUU